UAUUAUUUUAAUUUCUCUCAUGUUCUCUCUUUAUCUUUUCUGUUAGUUUCUUUUAAAGUAUUGUUUACACAAUUCUUUUGAAGAAUUGAGCUUUUUCAAUUAAUGUAGAAUUAGGAAUAUCAAGAUAACGCUAAAGUAAAGUGAUAAAAUCCAUAAUGUCUUUAGUUGCUUACGAUAAUAGUGAUUCGAGUGAUUAUGAAGACGAGGACCAAGAAAGUUCGUCAGUCCUAUUGACUAAAUCAGUGGAAGAUAAAGUUCCAAAACCAUCUACAUCACAGAGCAUAAGUGUAAAAGAACUUGAAAAUGAAAUUGAUAAUAGUUUGUUUAAUGCUCUGCCACAACCAACGAAGAAAGUGUCUGGCAUUAUUGAAGAGGAAGAUGAGUUUUUACACAAAAAGGAGACUGCAAGUAAUGCUGUUAAGCCCAAAUCUAAAAUAACAGUACCAUCACUGAGUGAUUUUAAAGAUGUAACUGACACAGUACCUAUUGCUAAACCCAGAGCUGUAGAUGGUAAAAAGUCUGGACUGCUAAGUAUCUUACCACAGCCUAAAAAUGGAAUUGUAUCAAUAAAAUCAACAAAAUCUUUAAUACCAAAUGUAUUGAGGCAAAACGCAGGCAGCAGUAGCAUUAAGAAAAAGGCACCUUUACCAACACCAAUGAAGAAAUCUAAAUCAGAAACAAUAUUAAAAGAUUCAGAUGAUAGUGACAAUGAUGAAGUACAAAAUGAUUUCUUUUCAAUAAACAAGCCUGUUGUUAUUGAAGACAUACCCUUACAAGAUGAAGACACAGAGAAAUUGUCCGAAGUCAGGAGUACAAAAGAACCAAGAAGCAUAGAGUCCUACUUCAAAAAAGAUGUUGAUCAUGUUGAUGUAGAACCAUGUUUAUCUUCAUACAAUCAGAUGGAAACAGAGUCUGUAGCAAGCUUAGAUACUGCGUCUAGCUCACAACUGGAAGAUAAUAAUUUGGUUCUUGAUGAAGAAGCUAUAUUGAAACUUGUUGGUGCUCGAGGGAAGCGCAAGAGAGAGGAGAUUCAAAUAGUUGACUUCAAUCAACAAGAGGUACUUGCAGAGGCGAGGCAGUUGCUGCUCAAAGGACUCAUGGAUGACACCAGCAAAAGAGUUUCCGCAAGCAAAAAGAAAGGCAAUGAACCUACAAACAUGCAGAAAAGGAAACACCAGAUUACAUACUUGGCUCAUCAGGCAAAGGCAAAUGAGGUGGAGCUUCAAAACAAAUGGGCAAAUAACAGAAUGUCUAAACGGCAGACUCAAUCUAAAUAUGGAUUUUAAGUUUUCAUUACAAUCUCAGUAUAAGUGUAGAUUAAGAUGUGUAAAUAAUAAGUUUGAAAAUAAAACAUCAACAUUUAAA